AUGUCCGACCUGUCCCCCGCUGAGCUUCUCCGGCAACGACAUGCUGCCGUGAGCGCUGCCGCCGAGCCCACCCUCACCGUUUCUGAGGGCUCUCUGUCCAAGGAGUCUUCUCCCGUUCCCGAGAUUGCCCCUGCCGCCCCCGUGAAGUCUGUCGCCGGUCCCUCCGCCGCCUCCAAGCGAAAGGGUCUCGAUAUCAACUCUCUCGAGGCUUUCCCCGCUCUUAAUGGUGGUGCCGCUGCCCCCAAGGCUGUUUGGGGUAAGGGAGGCUCUGCUCCCGCUGCCCCCUCCCCUCAGUCCUUUGGUCGAGCCGCUUCCACCACUAUCUCCGAUGUCUUCACUCUCAAGCGAGAGGAGCAGCAGGUUGGUGUGCGAUCCGAGCUGCCCAAGAUCAUUGCUAAGGUCAAGGCCAACACCUCCACUACCAUCGACUCGUCCACCUCCAAGAUUACGGGCCACACCUCCUUUGUCAUCAAGGGUACCCCCGAGAACGUGGCCAAGGCCCGACGUGAGCUGCACCGAGCCCUGUCCCAGAAGAUUGUCGCCAAGUUUGAGAUCCCCGCUAGCGUGCGAGCUGCUGUGAUUGGCCCUCGAGGUUCCAACCUGAAGCCCAUUCUUGAGAAGUCCGGUGCCCAUAUCCAGAUUGAGAAGCUCGAGUCCAACGGCAACAACGCCGACGACGACGAGGAGACGGUCGAGGUCAUCGUCGAGGGUGACUCUGAGGGUAUUGCUAUUGCCAAGCAAGAGAUCUUUGCCAUUGUGUCCGAGCGAGUCAAGAACAUGACCAUCCGAGUUCGAAACGUCAACUAUGUGCUGUUCCCCUUCCUUGACAAGACCGCCGGAGACCUCACCAAGGGCGAGGACGACGUCAAGCUCAGCAUCCCUGAUAUCUUUGCUCCCAACUUCACCACGGCCGCCACCAUCACUCUGUCUGGCGACCGAGAGGCCACCGCUACCGUCAAGGAACGACUUGAGCGUCUUGCAGAGUCUCUGUCCACCGACCUUAUCACCUCCACCGAGUCCUUCCCUGCUUCCAAGCACAAGUACAUUUCUGCCAAGGAUGUCUUUGCCGCCACCUCCGUGUUUAUCACUGUGCCCCAGGCCCCCAACACCUCCGAUGACACCGUCAAGUUCCUGGGUCUGCCCAAGGACAUCAAGCCCGCCAUGAACAAGGUGUCUGAGCAGGUUAACUCCGUCAAGAUUGAUCUUUUGGACAUUUCUCGAGCACAUGGCAAGAGCGUGCCCCAUGCCCAGGCUUUGGCUUCUUACUUCAAGGCCUCUGGUAUGCUCCAGAAGAUUGCUGACGAGUACAAGGUCGAAAUCUACAUCCAGCAGCCCGAUCAGCUCUACGCUCCUGGCGCCCAGGCCGUCACUAUCGAGACCUCUGGUCCCAACGAGGAGGCUGUCAAGGCUGCCCGAAAGGCCAUUGUGGCUCUGGUAAACAAGUACGAGCCCUCCAAGGUCUCUCGAGUGUCUGACAUUGAUCCUUUUUUCCUGCGAAACCUCGCUGGCCCCAAGGACCGAAACCUGGCCAAGUACAAGAAGGACCACGGAGUCACUGUCCUGGUGCCCGAGAACCCCAAGGUUAACGGUGACGUGAUUCUCAUCUACGAGGGCACCUCUGAGGAGGAUGAUUUCGGCCCCUCCGCCGACGAGAUCAAGGCCACCUUUGCUGCUGUCGACUCUUCCUUUGCCGAUAUUCGAGAGAAGCAGGCCAAGAUCAUUGGCAAGCUAAUUUCCGUCCCCGUUGGCGAACACAAGUUUGUCCGAGGUCCCGAUAACACUACCCUUCGAGCCAUUGUUGGCGGAACCGAGGGCCACGAGCCCUUUGUCCGAGUCACCUUUGGUGACGAGAUCAAGGACGCUGAGGAGCCCGUUUCUGCGGACUCCAUCUACGUGCGGGGUCUCAAGGAUGAGGUCACCCGAGUGCUCAAGGAGAUCGAGGAGGCAGUGGAGGACGGCAAGAACUAUGCUGUUCUGUCCCAGUACACCACCGAAUUCCAGAUCCCUCCCGAGCAUGUCAAGCAUGUUGUUGGCAAGGGCGGCUCCCAGCUCGCCAAGUUCCGUGAGUACGGCGUCAACAUCGAUCUCGACGAGUCCGGUCAGGGUGUUGUCAAGGGUAUCAAGAAGAACGCCGACGAGGCCAAGGUUCAGAUUCUGGCUUUCGCCAAGAAGAUUGCCGACGAGGUCAACGUCAAGCUUCCUGUGCCUGCUGACCACCACGCCUCUCUGAUUGGAACUGGUGGCAAGUUUGUCAAGCGACUGGAGGAGAAGUAUGACGUUCGAAUUCGGUUCCCCAAGACCGGUGAGGAGAACGCCAACGAGAUCGUCCUUCGAGGUCCCUCCAAGGGUGUGGCGAAGGCCAAGGAGGAGAUUUUGGAUCUCGUAAACUACGAGAUUGAGAACUCGCACUCGCAGACCAUUUCCGUCCCCGUCAAGUCUCUGCCCCGAAUCAUUGGUCGAGGCGGAGAGUUCAUCAACGACAUCAAGGACUCCACCAACACUCGAAUCGACGUCAAGCAGGAGAAGUCGGAUAACACCGACGAGACCGGCAACGUUGACAUUGAAAUUGUUGGUACAAAGGCCGGCGUCAAGGAGGCUGCUGCCAAGAUCCAGGCUAUCGUUUCUGAGUUCCAGGACACUGUCAUUGAGCACAUUGAGGUGAACCCCAAGUUCCACGGUGCUCUGAUCGGUCCCGGCGGUCAGACUCUCAAAGACAUCCUCACCAAGGCCGGUAUGACCGACGUGACCCCCUCCGUUGCUGCUCGAACCGUUGCUGUUCCUGCUGCCGGCACCAAGGAUAACAAGGUGCGAGUCCAGGGCUCCAAGAAGAUUGUGGCCAAGAUUGUCAAAAUCAUCCAGGACAUGGUUGCCGAGCGGGAGUCCCAGAUCUCUGAGGUUGUUGAUGUGCCCGUUUCCAAGCACCGAGAUCUCAUUGGAGCUGGAGGUGCUGCCAAGCGAUCCCUCGAGGAGAAGUUCAAGGUUACUCUGCAGAUCCCCAAGCAGGGCGCCAAGAACAAGGAUGGAGAGCUCGACACCGGCGUCUCCAUCACCGGUAAGGCUGAGGAUGUCGCUACCGCCAAGGCCAAGAUCCAGGAGCUGUCCCAGGACAAGUGGAAGGAGGAAAUUCUGGUCCCCCGAACCUUGCACACCACUGUGUCCGACAACGGAAACCUGCCCCGAAAGCUCAAGUACGAACUCAAGGUUAACGUUGACCACGGCUCUGUCCGAACUCCUCGAGACGGCAACCCCGUUGUCCCCGCUGGUGCCAUUGGCUCCGAUUCUGAGGACAAGGACUCGUUCCGAUGGUCUGUUGUCGAGGACGCUGUCGACCACGCUGCCAACGGCACCAUCCCCUGGAGGCUUGAGGGCUCUGACGAGAACGUUGCCAAGGCUAAGGCCAUCAUUGAGGCUGCUCUGGAUGUUGCUCUCAAGCACACUCAGACCGGAUACCUGUGGCUCCCUGACACCUCUCGAUACCGAUUCCUGGUGGGUCCUCAUGGAGCCACCGUGUCUCACAUCCGAGAGAAGUCUGGCUGCAAGAUCUACAUCCCCAAGGCUGGUGUUGCUGACUCUGCCGUGACCGUGCGGGGCUCCCCCGAGGGUCUGGAGAAGGCCAAGGAGAUGAUGCUUGCUGCUCUCAAGAAGUAA